GCUUUCUCUCAUUUUUCCACAAGCAAAACACAAAUCGUUUAUUCCAUUCUAUCUUUCAUUCUCUCAAACUUCUACUAAAAUUACUUCAAUUCAAUCCAAUGGCAUCUUUCCAAUCCUUCAACUUUGAAACUGAAAUUCCACAAGAGCUUCUCAUAUCUCAAAUCAUGCAAAUUCAUACAACCAUUUCUAAGCUAGAAUCUCUUAGGCCUUCAAAACAAGUCAACACCCUUUUGACUCACUUAGUCAAACUUUGCAUCCUCCCUUCAUCCAUUGAGAUUGAAGCCUUGCCACAAGAGGUUAAGACAAUGCGUGAAAGCCUCAUUCCCAUUUGUGGCAAAGCUGAAGGACUUUUGGAGCUUGAAUUCUCAACUUUCAUUAGCCAAACACCAAAUCCAGCAAAAAAUUUAACACUUUUCCCUUACUAUGGAAACUAUGUUAAACUAGCAAACUAUGAAAACAAAAUCCUCAAAGAAAAUGGUGUAGUGGAUGCAAAAAAAGUAGCUUUUAUAGGAUCUGGUCCAAUGCCACUAAGUUCAAUUAUAUUGGCAACUCAUCACAUGGAAUCAACUCACUUUGAUAAUUUUGAUAUCGAUGAGAAAGCUAAUGAGGUUGCUAGCAAGAUCGUGGCUUCGGAUAAAGCACUUGAAAAGAGGAUGAAAUUUGUGACACAAGAUAUAAUGGAAGCUAAGGAGAGGUUAGGGCAAUAUGAUUGCAUUUUUUUGGCAGCACUUGUUGGUAUGCGUAGAAGUGAAAAAGUGAAGAUUUUGGGACAUAUAAGUAAGUAUAUGAAGGAAGGUAGUGUUUUGCUUGUAAGAAGUGCAAAAGGGAGUAGAGCUUUUUUGUAUCCUAUUGUUGAGGAGAAUGAUAUGGUAAAUUUUGAGGUGCUUACAAUUUUUCAUCCAACGGAUGAUGUUAUCAACUCGGUUAUUCUUCUUCGCAAACCUAAAGCUUGAUCAAUAAGCUAAGUUACCAAAUAAGUUGAAUUUCUACUUGAAGAAGAAUCUAUUUAUAGUGUAGAUUCAAAUGUGUGUUGUUCUUUUGAUUGAAAGUGUUUCUUUUCCUAUGAUAUACUUUGUAUAAUUAGUGAGGUUUAGUGUUAUGUUCUAGUGCUUGCCUCAUUCGUCUUACUUUAUAAGAUGAUUGAAGAUUAUGUAUCGUAAUUCCAAAUAAUAAAUGAACAAGCUUUGUGUUUAUUUUUUAA